AGACUUACGAAAUAUGGGAAUACGAUACAAUUCAGCUCAGUAAAGACCAAGAGGGGUUAUUUAGCGGAAUGAUGAACAAGUUUCUACAAAUAAAACAACAAGCUUCAGGAUGGCCCAAACAUUGCUUAACGGAUGAAGAAAAAAACCGUUAUAUUGAUGCAUUUUUGGAUAGAGAAGACAUAAAGCUGGAAUUUUCAAAAAUUAUAGAGAACCCCUGUUUGAGAUCGUUAGCUAAACUUAUGCUGAAUUCCUUUUGGGGUAAAUUUGCUCAAAAAGAAAACCAAAACAAAACCUCAAUAGUCAGAGACUGUGGUGAAUUCUUUGAUAUGCUGACUAAUCCUUCUAUUCAUGUAAAUACAGUUCUCCCGGUAAACGAAGAAACCCUUCUCAUAACUUGGGAAUUUAGAGAAGAGGCCUAUGACGUUUCUUCAACGGUUAACGUUGUAUUGGCUUCAUAUGUCACGGCCCUAGCUAGACUAAAAUUAUAUUCAUUCUUGGAGAAAGUGGAAGAAAGGGCAGUUUACGUAGAUACAGAUUCAUGUAUUUAUAUCUCUCGUAAGGGAUUAGACGACAUAUCUACAGGCGACUUCAUAGGUGAUAUGACCGAUGAGCUCAAUGGGGGUUUCAUAUCAGAGUUUGUUUCUGGAGGACCUAAGAACUACGCCUACAAAUAUACUACUUUGUCUGGAGAGGAACAGAUCGUAUGUAAAGUUACAAUACUCUUCCAAUGCUUGCAUCACAUGCACGGCGCAAGGCAUCCCCAGCAAAUAUCGAGUCACGACACUCCGCGUAACACCUCUUCCGUGUUUCAAGUCAGUCCCAAAAAACCUAUUCAAUGUCUGGUCGAUUGUCAUGUCACUCCAGAUUCCGGACCAAGCCUUAUCCGACCUGUGGAUAGUGAAAUAACCCUGCGUGGCAAACUGGUGAAACUCUUGAGGAUCCAUCCAUCCAUCCCGCGGCAUGAAACAAUGGCAACAUUCUUCGAACGCAAUCAAGAUGAAGGUCCCAGUUUCCAAGACGUUCUGCUUCAAUAA